AUGGCAUCUAGUUGCAAAAAGAGGAGAUUUCGAGAUCCUCAAAGCGUGGAAAGAAGCAUUGACAACGUGCGAAAUGCUAUUCCACAAACAACGCGUUAUAAAAAUCGUUGGGGAGUUCGUAUAUUUGAAGAUUCGCAAAGUGGGCGAGAAAAUAAAGUAGUCAUGUGUGAGAGCAAUCCUUUCAGCUUAGAUUUGCAGAAUUUGCAAAAUUUGGAGACAGAAUUGUGUUCAAUGACGGCAAGAACGUUAAACUUCUGGCUUAUCAAAUUUGUUCAAGAAGUUUGCGACAAGGAUGGCAAGCCAUAUCCCGGGCGUACAGUAUACCAAAUUAUAUGCUCGUUGAAACGACAUCUAGACAAAAAUGGCCGGGCUGAAGCUAACAUGUUAAAUGCUAACAAUCACUGGUAGGUUGAAUUUGUUCAUUUUUAAUUAAUGGUUUAGUUUAAUUUAUUGUAAUAUGAGCAUGUUUAUUACUCAGUUUCCAGACGUUCAGAAGAGUGCUGGAUAGUGAAAUGAAAGCCACCCACCGGGAACGCGAAUCGCUUGCGGAGAAUCGUACAAGACGAGAGAAAGAAGCUAUUACAGAUGAUGAAGAAGGUUUGCUGUGGUCAAAAGGCUUACUGGGAGACAAAACUGCUCAAAGUUUGGUUUACACAAUUUAUUUCUAUAUCCACCCUCGAAGCCUAAGGAAGAUGAAAAGUUUCAAAUUUCCGACGAGGAACUUGAUAAGUUUUUGA